UCCGGUCGCCGGCUGAGCAUCAACAACAACAACAUAGCAUUAAGCUAGCUGUUUCACUUUGCUGUUUAAGUUCCGUUUAAGUUUAUCAAACCAGAAAUAUUGGGACUUUCAUAUUUUUAAUAAGCUUCUUUUAUUUUUCAAAAAGGCUAAAUAUAUUAACGGAGGAGUCCUAGAAAGGUCUCCAGACCACGGUAGCAGCAAGGCCCUCUGAGCUAAGGCUAAGAUAAGAUAAACAACUGAUUUUCGCGUCUUUAAAAUCGAUUUUUCUCAAAAUGAGAGGUUCAUAUGGAGACAGGGAUCGAGACCGUGGACGUGACAGAGGAAGUCCUCGUUUCGGGUCGAGUAGAGGGGGACCAUCCCAAGGGAGAAAGUUUGGAAAUCCUGGAGAUCGCUUAAGAAAGAAGAGAUGGGACCUGGACGAGCUGCCAAAGUUUGAGAAAAACUUUUAUACUGAACACCCUGAGGUGCAGAGAAUGGGACAGUAUGAUCUUGAAGAUUACCGCAGGAAGAAAGAAAUCACUGUUCGUGGUUCAGGAUGCCCAAAACCAAUUAUCAGCUUCCAUCAGGCUCAGUUUCCUCAAUAUGUAAUGGAUGUGCUAGUGCAGCAAAAUUUCAAGGAGCCCACGCCCAUCCAGGCUCAAGGUUUCCCUUUGGCCCUCAGCGGCAGAGACAUGGUGGGAAUCGCUCAGACCGGUUCUGGAAAGACUUUAUCGUAUCUCCUGCCAGCCAUCGUGCACAUCAACCAUCAGCCUUACCUGGAGCGAGGAGACGGACCAAUCUGCUUGGUUCUAGCCCCAACACGAGAACUGGCACAGCAAGUCCAGCAGGUGGCGUACGACUACGGGAAAUCAUCCCGCAUCAAAAGUACCUGUGUGUAUGGAGGUGCUCCAAAAGGACCUCAGAUCAGAGACCUGGAGAGAGGUGUUGAGAUCUGCAUUGCCACUCCGGGUCGUCUCAUUGACUUUCUUGAAGCUGGAAAAACAAACCUGCGGCGCUGCACCUACUUAGUUCUGGAUGAAGCAGACCGCAUGCUGGACAUGGGCUUUGAACCACAGAUUAGAAAGAUUGUUGACCAGAUCAGGCCGGACAGACAGACCCUGAUGUGGAGUGCAACCUGGCCUAAAGAGGUUCGCCAGCUGGCAGAGGACUUCUUAAAAGAGUAUGUCCAAAUCAAUGUUGGAGCCCUGGAGCUCAGCGCCAACCACAACAUCCUCCAGAUAGUCGACGUGUGUAUGGAGAAUGAGAAGGACAACAAACUGAUCCAGCUCAUGGAGGAGAUUAUGGCUGAGAAAGAGAACAAAACCAUCAUCUUUGUGGAGACAAAGAAGCGAUGUGAUGACCUCACACGCAGGAUGAGACGGGACGGGUGGCCAGCAAUGUGCAUUCAUGGUGAUAAGAGCCAGCCAGAGAGAGACUGGGUUUUAACAGAGUUUAGAAGCGGCAAAGCUCCGAUCCUCAUCGCUACUGAUGUGGCCUCACGUGGUUUGGAUGUGGAGGAUGUCAAGUUUGUCAUCAAUUAUGAUUAUCCCAACUCAUCGGAGGACUACAUCCACCGGAUCGGCCGCACGGCUCGCAGCACCAACAAAGGAACUGCCUACACCUUCUUCACUCCUGGGAACCUCCGCCAGGCCCGCGAGCUGAUCCGUGUUCUUGAGGAGGCCCGACAGGCCAUCAAUCCUAAACUGCUGCAGCUGGUUGAUAACGGGCGAGGAGGCGGAGGAGGUGGUCGCCCUCGUUUCCGUGGCUCAAACUCAAACAAUCCCAACCUGAUGUACCAGGACGAGUGUGACAGGCGGAUGCGCUCUGUGGGCGGAGGCAGCAGCAACAAGGACAGCCGGAGCAGCGGGGGCUACGGCAGAGGAGGGAGCAACCGUGACGGAGACCGCUCGUCUUCAUCGUCCUCUUCUUACAGAGACCGGAGCAACAACAGCAGCAGGGAUGGAGGACGCAGCUACAACUCCACCUCCAACUCCUACAACCAGUAUCAGAACAACAACAACAGCAGCAGCAGCAGCGGUCAGUACAACAGCUCAAGGAGCAGCUCUGGAUCAGGAGGCGGAGUCAGUCAGGCUCUGCCUCCUCCGUCAGGCCCCCAGCCUCUCAUGGCCCAGCAGUUUAACCCUCCUCAGCCUAUGAUGGGCCUGAUGGGACACUCACCUUUCCAGUUUGCACCCCCUCCGCCAGCUCAGUCAGGCAGAAAGUAACAAAACCACACACCACUCUGAGGUUGUCAACUUUUUUGUUAACUUUUAUGAUACCACAUUUUAAGAUGACACAAUUUCUGCCUUCGCUAAGACUUUGCAUUCACAGAUAAAUGUUUGUUUUGGGCAUGUGUAUACCAAGUAGUAAUCCAUAAACACAGAGAUGUUGCAAUGCAUACAGAGGGUGAUUUAAUAACUGCUAGCUCAGAUUGCAUACCGAGGUGAUCUGGGGGGCGUUCAUCGGCUGGAUUUGGAGGUGUAGAUGCUGCGUGUAUCUGCACACCGCCAUGCUGUGCCUGUAAACAAGCUCAGUAAUAAGAGCCAGUCUUUCAGCUUCUAAAAGUACAAUUUAACCUUUAUUUGUGUCUUUAGAACAACAAAAAGGAAACCACCAACCACUCAGAAAAAAGAGCAAUCUACCCAGUACCCCACAGGAUUUAAUCUCUGAAUGAAAUAUCACUGUUUCUUUUAAAGACAAGUUUUCUGACAAAAGUAGGGAGAAAAGCUGUUAAAGAGGUGAAUCUAGCAUCUUGCCUCAUGGCUUAUUCAACCCAAUUCAUUCUUAUUGUUAGCAUUAAAUAAACAGUAAACCUGAGGAGUAGAGGUCAGAUUCUCAGCCUCGCCUUAGACUUGCCCGAUGUGGCCCAUGGCCUGUAACCUGGCUGGGCCAGGAUCCCCUCCUAUCCUCUUGGGCCCUGGCUGAGACAGGCUCAAGGGGAGUCAAGGCAUCCUGCCAGACAUGGCAUCUCGGUAAAGUUCCCUUGAUUUUUUUCCUUUAUCUAUGUCCAGUUUUCUAUGCUUCUACUUCAUAACAACUACUCUCAGAGCAGACCCACUGCACAAAUUAUGAGCUGCAGGUCCACUGGUCAAGUUUCCUGAAUAUAAAGGCUCUUAAAAAGUCCACACCACGCUGUUUAUUUAAAUCACUGUUUUCCUUAAAUGUAUAUUUUUGAUAUAGAGAGGGAGAAAAGCUGUUAAAAAGUGGAGCUGCCAUCCUGCUUAACCCUGAGAGCAGAGAGAUAAAUAGUGCAGUUGAGGACGAGUGAGGAGGAGGAAGCAAAGCAAGCAAUAAUGCACAGGUGGAAACGCAGCAACAAACCCAGUGCACAGUGAUGUUUCCGCGUCUGCUCCUCAUCCUCACUGCUCUGAUCAUCAUUAACAAUAGAGAGCCACGUCUGUAAUACAUGCUUGUAUGUUGUGCUCUUUAAGAACUUAUCUGAACAAAUUUGUGUUGUUAAAACAAAACUAAGGAGAAGGUUAAAACCCUUCUUUGAAAAUAAUACAAUGUUAAAAUCAGGCUCAGGCCCAUAAACACAGUUAAAGAGACAGGCUGGGCUGGGCUGGGCUUGGAGAGAACAUUCAUGGGCUCAGGGAGGGUCAGGAUGGAAAUCAAGGGUCUGAUCUAUCUCUACUGAGGAGCCAAUGUAAUAAUAUAAGGGCUGUAGUUUGCAUAAUGGACUAGCAUGUUGGCUCUGGUUGCAGGUCAUCACUGAGGAUGUAAAAUGCAGGCGUGGAGUGCAAUCAACUUGGUAUGUGAAUGCCCAAAAUAGAUGUUUAAUGCAAAGACCCCCCAUAUUUGUAGGUCUUCAGUAAAAUGAAAAAAAAAACUACUGGAUCUUUAAAAAACAAAAAGAAACAUCUAUUUAAUCAGACAGGUGCAUAGGAGAGAAAAAACAUUAAAAAGUUAUAUUUUUAACCCAAAAGCUCAAGUUUGCCUUCAUUUUUUAGUAACUGAACAGUAGAAAUUACCCUGAACUUGUAUCUAGGGCUUCUGUGGUAUCAAAGCGUUAUGGACAUUGUUUGGUUUUGAUUUUUAUUGUAUCUAAGUUUAAUAUUCUGAUAUUGUGAUGACAGCCUUCCUCUACAGUCACACUGAUGCUGUGAUCUUUGUUAGGGCUCAGUCCUGGGUCCUAGAUUAUAAGCUUGUUUUGCUUUUGUUCAUAAAGUGGCCAACUCUUUGUGAUUUUGACUUUGCUUCAAGUCAAAUGAAGUGUUAGUUCUUGAGUUUGACAGACUAUGAUCUUUUUGAACACUGUUUUUGUAUCGUGAUCCUCUUUUUGUGAGUGAUUUAAAUCUGCUCUCUCCUUUAGGUUUGUCAAAGGUAGGUGCUGAAGUUUAUAACUGUGUUUACUGACUCCUGUUGUAGCGAAUAGCUUUAUUUUUGCAUUUAAACUUUGUAUGCCACAAGAUCAUUUUGAAUAGAAUAAAACUCUUGUAUAUUAACCAAAAUUAGGUUAAAAAAACAGUGUUUCUCCUCAUUAUUUUGUCUUUUGACUAUUUUAUUUUAGAUUAAUCUUGGUUACAUGACAAAGAUUAUGAUUAAGGUUUUGCAUUGACUUUGUAAAGCUUGGAUAAACCAGGGAUGGGGAUCAAUAAUUUUUAUUGACACUGAAACCCUUUAUGAUAAUGCUGUGAUGCUUUAGUGUAGUUGAAGAGGAGCUGUUUGAUUGGCUUUAGAGAUCAGUUGUAAUCGAAUCCUCCAAAAAAGUUAAUCAGUCAAGCUUGGAAACUAAAAUCUAAUUUUUUUUUUUUUUUUUAUUACAUUUGUGCAUAGGAUGAGUUCUUGUUUCCCUUCAUCUAAGGCUCAAUCUAAAUCUAGACUUUUUUAAAAACAAAGAAAUCACAAACUUAAAGACCCUGUAAAGUGAAAUCCAAAAUUUAUGUCUUAACACAGUUGGAAUACAGUUGCUGUAAACGUGAAAAAACUGAGAUCUACAUGUGACUGAAUUUUGGAUUAAGACCAUUAGAAAGUUUUUCUCCUCUUUCCUGGCUGGGUUUUAAUGUGGGCGGGGCAAAUAUGUGGACUGGUGAUGUCACCAGCCCGCAGUUGGGAUAACCCCGCCCUUCUAGCACAAUAAGAGCCGUUUUCAUAGAACAGGCUCAUUUGUAAACUGAACACCUCUACUCUGCAGGGUUUAUUCAGUUGAUAGAACACAUGUUUCAACUAAAAGCAUGUUUGUGACAAAAUAAGGAAUUCUUAAUAUGUUCAAGCUAAAGCUCAGUACAUUCCCUUCAUUUGACUAGAUAAUGCUUUGAGAUUUGUAGGACUGUGUGCACGCCAGGGAAAUCAGUUAAACUGUGGAAAAAUCACUUUUCUUGCAAAGUGUAGGGAUUGUACUCAAUGUAUGUAGAAAUUUCCUGAGGAUAAUUGCAGUGUAGAGAUCCAUUUAGAGCUGUAAAGUACUAACAUUAUUUUUUUCCCAUUCAUUCCUAAUGGCUAUCCGCCACUUCCUGACCCCAACACCUUAUUUAAGUAGCUAACUAGAUCUUAUCCUCCCAGUUUCAACAUUGGACUAAUGUUUGAAACUUAAGUGACAUGCUACAAAGUUCUUGAGCGGAGGAGGAUGACUGCUCUGCAACAACAGCAGACAUUUGAGCACUAGUGAUUUAAUUUAAAUGACAUCUCAGCUUGAUUCAUUACCCAAGAGGCUCAACAGCAGUACUGAUCAGCUCAGAUUGUUGGGUUUAAAAGUGCUGAACCAGGUCAUUGUUGAAGUGGGUUUUGAUCUCCAUCCCUAGUUUGUUUUCUGAUAAAUCUGAGACCUGAUAGCUAACCAUUUUGAGUUUAUCAGCUGUGAUGAUUUGGAUUUUUCUUGCAAAAUGUGGCGUCCUUUUUACAGUUUGCUAAUAAAG